CGGAGCACCGGCGGGCAGAACCUCCCCGCUCACCUGCCGGCUCUUCCGCCGGGGGCCCUGACGCCUGUCCUGGCCGUCCUGCCGCCUCUUGGGCCACCGCCGCGUCUCCACAGCACAGCGAGCGGGCCCGGCCGCCGGCAGCCGCCACCAGCGGGUGAGACAGUCCCGGGCCCCGACCUCGCGCCGCUCGAGCGCGCGCAGGCGCAGAACAGCGCCACACACCCGAGCCGGUCCCUGCGCGCUCCGGAGACCUCGCGCGUGCGCACUAAGGACACGGCGCCGGCUCGGGACCUCUCCGUGGGUGUCGACCCUAUCACCUGACUUUUUAAGGAUCGGAACGUGCGCGCUGUCUUCUUACCCAGGCGGUGGAGCAUAGAAAUCCCAGCGACCGGCUCGGGGCCCAGAUGCUCUGUCGACUGAUUUUAAGUCGGGCACCUCCAAGGACACAUACUUCCCGGGUCCUCCAUGGGAAGCGGCUAGCGGGAGCGCACGCCAGCCCCCGCUCCGUCCCCCUCCGCUGCCGCGGGCGCCCCUCGGGAGCGGCCUUCCCGGCUGGAGUGCUGCUUCCGUGACCGUCGCGAACGAAGGCACUGACUCGGGGUGUGCGGGGCAGCAUUAUUCCCCUUCACGGCCUUGUUUUCUGGAUCACAGAAACCGGCGCCGGCUGUAAUGUUCCUGCAGAGGUGCUGUCCGGGGAUCGGACGCCCUGACCCCAGGGGCCCACGCUGCCUACCUUCCAGUCGAGCAGGAACCAGCCGGUUUCUGCGACAGCGGGGCCGGCCGGCCUUUCCUGACCUUUUCACGUCUCCGGCCUGCACCUCCUGGCAGCCACCUUUUCUCUCCCAUGUUUUGCAACGGAGCAUAGAGUAGCUGUGGGCCAUCUUGCACAUGAGACUGCUGUGAUUUUAUUACAUUUUGGAGGCAAAAAUGCCUGGGAAGAGGUCCCUGAAUGUAGCGGUCUUCCCAAGUGCCAAAAGGGAACGGAAAGCAAUUACCCUCGACAUAAAAUUGGAAGUGUUAAGACGAUUUGAAGUGGGUGAAAAGCUCAGCCAGAUCGCAAAGGCCUUAGGCCUCGCUGUUUCUACAGUGGCUACAAUCCGAGAUAAUAAAGAAAAAAUCAAAGCGAAUUCACAAAUAGCUACUCCUUUGAGAGCCUCCCGGUUGACUCGCCAUCGAAGUGCAGUCAUGGAGACCAUGGAGCGCCUGCUGCAUGUGUGGCUUGAAGAUCAGAGCCAGAGAAAUGUCCCCCUGAGUGUCACCAUUAUUCAGGAGAAGGCUAAGAGUUUGUUUGAUGACCUACAGCGUGAAAGAGGAGGAAGCUCUCAAACAGAAAAGUUUAGUGCAAGUAAAGGGUGGUUUGUGAGAUUCAAGGAGCGCCACUGUUUGCCUCACUUCAAGAUGAACAGCACAGCUCCUGGAAACAAGGGUGUAUAUCCAGAAGUACUGAGGAGCAUCAUUGAAGAAGGUGAGUACACCCCUCAGCAGGUUUUUAAUGUAGAUGAGACAGGGCUGUAUUGGAAGAGAAUGCCUGAAGGAAUGUUUAUUUCUGUGGAAGAGCAAGCUGAGCCAGGCUUUAAAUCUUCCAAAGAUCGCUUGAUGCUGCUUCUUGGUGGUAAUGCAGCUGGGGACUUUAAGUUGAAGCCCUUACUGGUGUACCACUUGGAAAAUCCCAAGGCUCUGCAAGGGUACUCCAAGCCCAAUUUGCCUGUGAUUUGGCGCUCAAACAAAAAGGCAUGGGCAACCAGGAGCAUCUUUCAGGAAUGGUUCACAUACUUCUUUUGCCCUGCCGUUGAAAAGUACUGUGCCCAAAAUCAUCUCACCAACAAAGCGUUGCUCAUCCUAGACAGUGCACCAUGCCACCCAGUAAAUCUGGGUGAUCUGUCUGAUAAUGUAAGAGUGGAGUAUCUUCACAGCAGUACAGCUGACUCAGUCCAGCCCAUGGGUCAAGGCAUAACCUCUACCUUCAAAGCUCAUUACGUGAGAAGAACUUUUGAGCACAUUCUAGAAGCAACAGAUGGAGAGGAUACAGCCAUGAUCAGGGAGUUUUGGAGAAACUACAGCAUCAUGGAUGCUGUAGACAACAUUGCAGUAGCUUGGGAGGAGCUCAGACCAGCAACAAUGAACAGUGUGUGGAAGAAGAUUUGGCCAGAGUGUGUUCAGUUCCAGAGUGUUUCCCAAACAGAUAACAUUGCACAGCUUCAACAAAAUAUUGUAACCCUUGCCAAGAAUGUGGCUUUUGAAGAGGUUGUAGAAGCUGAUGUGGACCAGUUGCUGAGGUCCCACGAGGAAGAUCUCUCAAAUGAGGAGCUGAUGCAGCUGGAACAGGAGCCUGCAGGAGAGGAGGAGAGUGAAGAUGCUCCACCUGCCCUGCGCCAGUUAACCACAGGGGAGCUGUCAGCAGCCUUCUCACAUUUCGAGGCAGGCUUGCAAGUCCUUACCAAUAACAGCCCUGAUGACGAGUGGAAACUGCAAGUUUCAAGAGCAAUCAAUGAUGCAAUAAACUGCUACAGGGACCUGUACAAGGAGAAAAAGCGACGCUCAAAGCAACUCUCUUAGGUCAGUUUUCAGUGGUGUAACCAAACGUUCAUCAAAAUACAGCCAGAUGCAACAAGAUGACCUCAAGGGAUGAGGCCCAGCCAAGGCUCUCUGCUUCCAAGAUGCUUUACAACUCUGUUUUCUGGUAUUUUCAUUUUGACACUUGAGAGUAUCAAAUUUUGUCAUUAAAGUUUCAUUUAAAUAUGUGCUUUAGGGGCGCCUGGGUGGCUCAGUCGUUAAGCGU